AGAGCAGAGCUAUAAAACAGCAAACGAUACUCACUGCAACAGCCAUUUACAGAGCUGAUAGGAAGUGCGUGGUGUGUUAGCAUGAAGUUCACGGCAACCCUGGUGGUGCUUGCACUGGCCGUGCUGGUCGGCGGCGAGCAGGUAUCUUAUAGAAAUUUCAAAGUGUUUAAAAUAGACGUGGCCAGCCAAGAGCAACACGCUCUACUGAAGCGUUGGGAGGAUGUGGAAGGAGUAGACUUUUGGGAUCGUGCUGGGCGCCGAGUUAUGAUCCACCCGGAAUUGCAGAAACAUUUUGAAAAUUUCUUGGUUGCAAACAAAAUUGCUCACGAAGUUAUCAUCGAGGAUGUGGAAGCGACUAUUGAAGCUGAGCGAAAAUACGAUCAGGAAUACAAGAAGUCUAAAGCCACCUUAGGUCGAAGCACCGUUGACUUCGAGCACUUCUGGGAUACUCAGGAGAUCUACGGUUAUUUGGAUGAACUGGCAGCCAGCUAUCCCAAUUUAGUAUCCGUGGAAGUCAUUGGACAUUCCCAUGAAAAUAGGGAAAUUAAAGCCAUCACCAUCACCAGCACUAAUGGCCAAGUGAGCGGUACAAAGCCCGUUAUUUUCAUCGAUGGAGGAGUACAUGCGCGAGAAUGGGCUGGAAUCAUGUCUGUCGUAUACCUGAUUCACGAACUGGUAGAGCACAACUCCGACUACCAAGACAUGAUGACAAACGAUUGGGUUAUCGUUCCGGUGGCCAAUCCAGACGGUUACGAGUUCUCGCACACCUCGAACCGUAUGUGGCGUAAGAACCGUUUCCCAUCUUCCAUUCUUUGCACGGGAGUUGAUUUGAACCGCAAUUUUGAGUACAUGUGGGCUUCUGGUAGCAAUCUCUGCUCCGACACUUACCCAGGCACGGGACCAGUAUCCGAGCUGGAAACUCAAGCCUUGGUCUCGCUCAUGAGCCGCUACAGAAACAAUUUGUCUCUCUACCUGGCCGUACACACCUACGGAGAUAUGAUUCUGUAUCCCUUCGGAUAUGCUUGGCCCUUCAUCCCGGUUUCAAAUGCCGCCGAACACAUCGCUAUGGGAGAAAAAGCCAAGGCUGCCGUUUCGGCCGUUGGUGGCCCGAACUACAUUGUUGGAAACAGUGCCGAAAUUUUGUACACUGCUUACGGGGCCAGUGACGAUUACGCGGUGGGACUUGCCGGCUUCACGUAUGGUUUUACGCUGGAGUUGACCGGAGGAGGCUCGCAAGGAUUCGAUCUGCCUGCGAGUCAACUUCAACAUGUGGCUCACUCUGCCUUCCAAAUCUACAGAUCCAUGGCGAACGAUAUUUAGACAAUAAAUGCUGUUGUAUUUCUUUUGAAAGCAGUUUUGUGA